ACCAAAAUCCAAGCUCCAAGAAAAAAAAAUUGACUCACAACUGUGUUUGAUCAAAAAAGUGCUCAAUGCUGAAAUUCAUCAAUGAAGAAGAAUAUCUGAAUUUUGGUGAACCAAGUCUGAGUCAAAUACAUAAAAAGUAUAAAAAACCAUAUAUAAAAUAUUAGUACAUAAAAUGCCAUAUGAAACUUCCAGUAGCUGUCUGUAUAGGUCCCGUUAGUAGUGGUCUUGUGGUUGAAGUUAUCGAAACGUGAAAUUGAAAAUGGACGAAACUAUUACAAAUGGAAAAUUCCGUACUAAAAAAGUGGCCCCGGAAGGUGGCUGGGGUUACUUUGUAGGAAUUGGUUUAUCGAUAUUUUUUGCAUUAUACAUGGGCUCUCUUUUAUCAUUCGGAUUGAUGUUCAAUGACUUUUUUGCGCAAUUAAAUGUCGGCACUAGCGCCGUUACAAUUGUGCACGGUGCAUUCUUUAGCUCGAUGAGUUUUGCAUGUUUAUUUUCAAGCACUUUAUUCAAAAAGUUUUCAAUGCGAUCCAUUGGACUCUUCGGUGCAUUUGUUUAUUUUUUUGGCAGUUUAAUGACGAUAUUUGUUUAUUCUGUUGAACAAUUGAUUGUUUCAUUUGGUGUUUUGCAAGGAUCGGGAAUUGGCUUCAUGGCACCGGUUGGUUACAGUGUUUUUAAUCAAUAUUUUGUGAAAAAACGUGUAUUCAUGAUGGGGAUAGCUCAAACCUUUAAAGGGAUUAUAAUCAUGUUGUAUCCAAUGGCCACGCAAUUCCUUCUGAAUAAAUACGGUUUUCGUGGAACAUUGGUCGUUAUUGCUGCCAUUAACGCGCAUACAAUUUUGGGGAUGUUGGUCAUGCAACCCAUCGAAUGGCAUUAUAAAGAGACGAAAGUUCCCGUUGAUCAUCCAAAUGAUGAAGAUGACGAUGACGAUGACGAUGAUGACGACAAAGAUCCUUUCGUGAUUUCGUAUGACAAUAAACUUGAUGUGAAAGUCAAUGUCAUAUCAGAAGAUGGGGAAUAUGAAUAUGAACAAACUAAAUUACCGUGCGAUGUGAAUAGUGCCAGAGUAAAAAAAAUCAGUCUGCCAAAUCGUGGAACAUCGAAUAAUUCAAUUUACAUGAAAUGUGAACGUAGCAAAUCAUUAGAUCCAACACAGAAACUUGAUGGAUUCAAACCAAUUCGGAGACGUAUGUCAAGUGUGAUGAGCAUCGGUGAUUUUGAUGGUGUGAAGUUUUUAAAUCGUACAAAAAAAGGAAAAAUGCGUAAAGUAAUCGAUUUCCUUGAUCUGACACUUCUGAAAGACUUAGUCUAUGUGAAUAUUGUACUAGGUAUCUCUUUUGGAUUGUAUUCUGAUAAUACGUUCUUCGCGCUGCUUCCGAUGUACCUCUUUGAAUUGCAUUUUUCACAGCCCGAUGUUGCUAUGAUUGUCUCAUGCGGUUCUGCUGCUGAUUUGGCUUCGAGAGUAUGUCUUGCCAUCAUUAGUUUAUUUGUUGAAGUAAAGGCGCGUAAUAUUUUUUGGGCCGGAUCAAUAGCUGUAGUUUUAACUCGAUUCGUUUUUCUGAAUAUAACCAGUGUCAGUGGAAUGGUGGUAAUUGUGGCUGUCUUGGGAUUCUUUCGCACGUGGCUUCAUGUACCCAUAUCUCUUGUUUUUGCUGAUCACUUGGCACCAGAACGAUUCCCAGCUGGUUAUUCUUUAUUUAUGUUUUUUCAAGGAAAUUUCGCCUUUUUGAUCGGACCCUUCAUCGGAUGGAUUCGUGAUUUUACCAAAAGUUAUAUUGUUUGCUUCAAUUCAUUAAGUUUCAUAUUGUGUUUGUGUGUAUUUCCAUGGCUGAUUGAAGCGAUCUGGAUGAGGAUGCAUUCACGCAAAAAAAGAAAUACCAGCACGAGUUGAACAGAUAUAUUGAUACAAUUUAAUGAUUUGUUUUUAAAUCCUGUAAAUAAAAUUCUAGUAAUUUAAUUUGUACAAUUUUUGCUUUGAAAAUCAAUGAAUAGUUGCCACCUUGAAUGAA